AUGACGCGCGGUUUUACACUGCUUGGGAGAAGUGCGCUCUGGAAUAGAAAGCUUGUUUCUGUCUGUGAAGGACAGAGUUUUCCUCCGGAGACACCAGGUAGUGUGAGUGCACCUGUAUACCAGUAUCAACGGCUGUCUGAGCCAGAUGUCAAGAAGCACGGCUAUGGCAAUCAGUACUGGUUAAGGUUAACAGCAGCACCAGUUUAAGCGAGGUACCUCAUACUGGGGCAUUCGGAUGCCAGCCGUGAAUCAAGGUCUGCAUGUCCUCUGCAGGCAGCAACCAGUGUGGUUGAAGGCAAAGCAUAUUUGGAAUCCCUGCAUUUUGUAAAGUCACUGGGGGACAGAAAUUACGGAAACUAGGGAAUGGCAAUCUAUACUGUUGUACUGAAACGGGGAAAAAAUGUUGGUGAAGAGAAAAGGAAGAGGGGCCCUUAUUUCAUGUGUCUCAUCUCCUGAUCACUCGGAGGGCACUUUAAACUGGGAACAGCUUGGAAGUGCAGAAAACUUUGAGUAGUUGCAAGUCCUUGGAAAUUGAGUGCAGUAAAAAGCCAAGUCAUCUCCGACGCUUUUUAGGAAUUCAUUCGGAAGUCGCUCCCCCAUGUCUGAGAAGCUGUCUUUUAAGGGAUCCUAAGAGUAUUGCUGUAGCCCAUAUAUUUUGUGUUUGCAGCUGGUGCGGCUCGAUCCCAGGAUCUAAGUAGCGUUGUUAUUUUAAUUCAGCAGUGCUCACCCCUGGGGAAAUUAGAAUGGAGUUGACAAGCACUAUGUCGAGUUUAUUCCCUUGGAAAGGUAGGUCCAGACUGGGGCUGUAGGACUGGGUCUUUUGAAUACAGAGGAUUUAUCUCAUCUCCCCGACUGGUGUGUAAUGCUGAGGAACUUUGUUGAUACUCAAGACAAUGACACAUACUGCAGAGCUCUUUAAGCUUCUGUUUCUCGUACUUCUGCGCAUCUCACAUUCAAAGAUGGUACAGCUGCACACAGAAGAGAACAGCAGGUCUCCAGAAGUGAUAAAAUGGUUGGAGGUCUACAAUCGCAGUUUUUGCCAGCCGAGAGAUGUAAUUGUAGACAUCAAUGCGGAGUACCCAGAAGAGGUGGAGUACAUUUUCAUGCCAUCUUGUGUCGUGCUGAAGAGGUGUGCGGGCUGCUGUGUAGAUGAAGAGCUGGAGUGUGUCCCUGUGAGAACUCAGACUGUCAUUAUGCAGAUAAUGAAAAGAAAAUAUCUCCAAAGCCAAAUGGUUGAGAUGCAGUUUCUUCAGCACAAUCAGUGUGAAUGCAGACCAAAGCGAGAAACAAAAGUUAAGCCAGAAAGAAAGAGAAAGAAGGAGGAAGUGAAAGGGCAUGGACAAAGUCGCAAGAGAAAGAAACAAAAACAGUUUGCCUUAAUAUCUCAGUGCAGUCCUUGUACAGAGAAGCGAAGGCAUCUGAAUCCAGAGACAUGUGAGUGUACAUGCAAAAUGACACAGCAGCGAUGCAGGGCAAAGGGGCUGGAACUGAAUGAACGCAACUGCAGAUGUGAGACUGUGAGAAGAUGAUAAAUUAACAGGAGAAUGAGCUUUCCAAAAGGACUAAAAUGGGUCAGCCUGUUUCUAAUAAGCUGUGCAUCUUAAUGACCCAGAACAUCGGCUUUUCUCUCUGUGCAGCAGUAUUUCUACUAAUUCACUGUGGUGUCCCAGAACCAUCGUACUCAGCAUCGUGGAGCUGCUGAUAAAACAAGUUUCUUCUCCAAAUGCGAGGCAGCUCUCUUAACUGUAUUAUUAACGUAAAACAUCAUUUUUGACUCACCACCAUUCAUAAGACACAGAACAGCUGAGGGUUUUCACAAUUUUGGAAUGGAUUUCCUGGAUAUUAUGUUGAAGAUGUGAAUGGGAGGACAAAAAUGCUCAUUGCUAUGGAAAGAAAGCAAAAAAGCAAUCAAAACAAUGCCUAAGACUUGGUUUUACUCUUUUCCUCACUGUUGUGAAAUUCUGUCACAAAACUGUGUUGACAAAAUGGAAAAAAUAAACUGUUUUAAGAAACAUUGAGGAGUUCAUAACCGUCAGAAUGUUGUUUAAGUGGGAAUGAUCACUAACAUUUUCCUUUGAGCAAUAUUAAGCUAAAAGUAAUGGCAUGACCUGAUGGAAGGGUUGAUCUUUUGUUGUCAUUUUUUACCAUUAACCAUGGAACUUUUUCAAGGUGGACUGUCAGACAAGCAGUAAGAACCAAUGUAGAAAUUCAGUAUUCAUUGUAAAUUGCAAAAUUUUCUAUCAAGUUUUAUUUAAACAAUGUCUAUUUUAUUUAGAAAGCUUUUUUAAUUUAAUAUUUACUAAAGUUACUGCCUUUGGGGAUGCUUCCAUUGGCUUGUAAGCAAUUAAUAGUUGUACCCAAGCGUUCUGAUUAAGAACGGUAUCGUUAAAACUGAA